UGUUGUCGGGCAUUAGUAGUUACGAUGCCAAAAAAAUGACGAAAGACUGCGGGUGUGAUUGUAACAAGAGCGAAAAUGGGAGUACUGAUGAUGAACCUAGCAGUCUGCCAGGUCCCAGGACUGACGAAGUUUAUAGAACAGUCAACAUACCCAUACGAUUUAUGUAUCCAAAGCUGCUGAAGGGCUAUCGAGAGGUGGCUGGAUCAAACCCGCAUCCUUGCUAUCGGAGUACCUCGACGGAUUACGGCUGGUUCUCACCGACAAUCCACACGGUCCCGACCACUUACUAUCCGCGCAAUGGCAGCUUCAGCCUCGAGGUGUCCCGCGGUGGCAUGUAUCGCAAUUGCUCACUCAAUACCGAGCUUGAUAAAUAGCUCGCAUCCGUGGGCAAUACUUCUCAACAUUUAGGAACACUUCGCUGCAUCCUAAAACCAUGCAAAUUACUCGCUGUUGUUCAGCUCUAACCCACGUUGCCAACUGUUAACCAUUGCGAUCAUAAUAAAUAAUGAAGAAUGAGCAAUUUCAAUUGUACUUUUGUCUCAAGGAAAAUGACAUGUUCUACUCGGUCAAGUUGUUGCAACAAUAUGACUG